GGCAAGUGGCUUGAUCAACAACCACAUUGGCGCCUGAAACGAUCAGCCUCUUUAAACAACAGAAUAUUUACUGAGCUGUUCAAAGACCCUUGUGGGACACAUCUGAUACUCGGAGUUUUUUCCCCUUGAAAUGUCAUAAGGCAUAAGUGAAGAACAAUGGCAGAAUCUUCCCCAACACCAUCAUAUACACGAAAAAGGAGAGGGAGUAUAGAUGCUCCUCCAUUUAUGUCAUCCUCAAGUCAGCCUGAAGUUCUGUGUGACUUCUGUGAGGAAAGAAAGCUGAAAGCCCUGAAGUCGUGUCUGGUGUGUCAGAGCUCUUACUGUGAAACUCACCUGCAGCCUCAUUUGAAAGUGGCAGGUUUAAAGAAACACAAACUGAUCGAUCCUGUGAGUUAUUUGAAGAACUAUAUAUGUCAGAAACACGAGAGACCUCUGGAGCUGUUCUGUAGAGAUGAUCAGACGUGUGUGUGUCUGAUGUGUGCUGUGAAAGAACACAAGACCCACAACACUGUUUCUUUAGAAGAGGAGAGUGAAGAGAAGAAGACUCAACUGAUGAAUACACAGAAAGAUGCAAAACAGAUGAUUCAGGACAGAAUCAAGAAGAUUCAAAACAUCAAACACUCAGCAGAAGUCAGAAAAAGAAACACAGAGGAGGAGAAAGCCGCCCGUGUUGAGCUCUUCACUGAUCUCAUCCGCUCCAUUGAGAGAUCUAAGUCUGAAGUGCUGGAGAUGAUUGAGGAGCAGCAGAAAGCAGCAGAGAAAGAGGAGCAAGAGCUCAUUGAAGAGCUGGAGCAGGAGAUCACUGAGCUAAAGAUGAGAAACACUGAGCUGGAGCAGCUCUCACACACUAAAGAUCACCUCCACCUCCUACAGAGUUACUCAUCCCUGUCCAGCCCUGAAAACACCAGGAACUGCUCUGAGAUCAGUGUGAAGACUCAUAAGAGUCUGGAGACUCUGAGCAGAGCUCUGACUAAACUGCAGGACACUCUACAUGAGAAACUUACUGACCUGAAGUGGAACCAGCAGUGGAAGCAGCAGAAUGCAGUGGAUGUGACUCUGGAUCCUGAUACAGCUCAUCCUAAACUCAUCCUGUCUGAUGAUGGAAAACAAGUGAGACAUGAAGACACUGAGCAGAAACUACCAGACAAACCAGAGAGAUUUAAUACAUGUCCUUGUGUCCUGGGAAAGGAGGGAUUCUCCUCAGGGAGAUUUUAUUUUGAGGUGCAGGUGAAGGAAAAGACUGAAUGGACUUUAGGAGUGGCCAGAGAAUCCACUGACAGGAAGGGUAAGAUCACACUGAGUCCCAGUGAUGGAUACUGGACUGUGGUUCUGAGGAAUGGGAAUGAAUAUUGGGCCUGUGAUGAACCCUCCAUUUCCCUGCAGCUGAGUGUGACAAGUCAGCAGCUCGGUGUGUUUGUGGAUUAUGAAGAGGGUCUGGUCUCCUUUUAUGAUGUGGAGUCAGGCUCUCAUAUCUACUCUUUCACUGGCCAGUCUUUCACUGACAAACUCUAUCCAUAUUUUAGCCCAGGCUCCAAUAAUAGUGGUCAGAACUCAAGCCCACUGAUCAUCACACCUGUCAGUUAAAAUAAAUGAAUUUACACCCCUUAUAUAAAAUACUAGAUGAAAAUAAUUAUUUUUAUAAUUAAAAAUCUAAAUACAUUAAAUAAAUA